GCAUAGCACUUUCACUUUGAGCGCAGCCUGUGUCUGAGUGAGGACACACAGAGUGGCCAGAGGGAGAGAUACAGAAGAGGAGGCUGUGUCUCUCAUGCUUUGUCCAUUAACCAUUUUCAAGCAAGAGGAGAGUGAUUCAAAUUAGGCUUUUCAGGAAGAUUCUAGGUCAGUAGUGAGAGGGAGAAAAGGGAAAGGGAAAGAGAUAUAGGAGGAAAAGGGAAAAACAAACAAAAGCUUUGAUAGGGAAAGGCUGCAGCCACUCAGGCUUAAGUGGGAAAAUCCAAGUGAGAGAGCAGGAUGGCGUGAGAGGACAAAUGAGGCAUUUUUUUGGAAAGUACCAAAGGAACUCAAAAGGAAGGAAUGUAAAAGGGAUGUCAACAAGAAGACUAAAUAUCAAGCUGUGAAGGAGAAGGCACAGCAGCGUACACUGUGUCAAAGACCUCUAAAAACCACAGAAGAGGAAACUUUGCCUUCCACAGACUGACACAGAAACCCGUGUGCAGAGUGAUUGCCGUCAAGAAGAGACAUGGAGAAGUGUCCAUUCAGAUGAAAGGAUGUCACUGUCAGUGCUGCUGUUGCUAUCACUCUUGACUGUCCAAUGUGGUGGAUGUCAAUUUGACAAGGAAGGUGUGAAAAACAUUAAAACGACUAUUGACUCUAAUCCGACUGGAUUUCGGACAGUAUUUCCAAAAGAUUACUAUGUAGUACACCACUACACAAAAAACAUGCUGUGCGACUCUGAUCCGUGUUGUGUGUUCCCUGCUGCAGUAGUCCUCCUGGACUCCUGGCACGUGCUUCUCAGAAACCUCUGGGAUGAGCACUUAAAUCACUCCUUAAUUCUCGACCUGAAGCAGACACUGGAUAGAAUUAUUAAAAAGAACAUAAACACAGAGCGGUUCGAGGAGGAGACGGACCUGUCCCAGUACUCCACAUUAUCUUCCUCUCCUGAAGAACUCCUCAAGCUAACAUCAGAACUUUUCGCUAAGUGGCUCGAUGUUGUUUGCUUACCAUCGAUCGAAACUUGCACCCUGCCCACUUUGCCCCCCUCUGUUGAGAGGAAGGACUACAGCCCAUCAAGGGCCAGACUCUUGACCAUCCGAGCUAUCAGCAGUGUGGAGGAAGGACAGCCUGACAAGAUGAUAGACAUUACACAGCUGCCGUCCAGCGGUGGUCCUCACUCCUUAUCAUAUUCAAUGUGGAGCCCCUUGCUACUCAGACUCUACUGGUGGCUGCUGCCAUAGUCACUAAAAAAGAUCUUUCAGAUGAUGCACACAAAAUGCAAGACAUUUCCUGGCACUGAAUGAUUGUUUCUUAUAUUUGUUUAUGUGUUUAAUGCAGUAAGCUUUGUUAAUAUGAAGUGACAUGCACAGGUUGCAUUUAAUGUCCAAAGUUAGUUUGAAUAGCUAAGUUGACUGUCCAACAGUACUCUGUAACAACUGAUAUCACAGAUAUAAACAUAUAGCCAUCCUCUCUAGAGCAGGCCACAAACUCCAGCUAGCUAUGCUCGUCAUGCUAACAAGAGAUAAAUGCUGAGCAAGCCAAUGCACAUAAGUCUCGUCUAUUGAUGUGGAUUUCAUCACUGUUUACAAUGAAUAUUAUGUAAAUGUAAGAUAUUAUGGGUGUUUACCUUUGUACAUAAAUGUAAAUUAAAGACAUUUAGAUAUA